CGAUGAUGCGAAGCUCCAUUGAGUUGGUCUGCUCUGCUGAUAGCAGUCGGCUCUCCGUGGCCACAACACAGACUCCAAGAUGGCGUCGUCGUCAUCGUUGCGUGUUUACAGUAGAAUUCUCAAAGAACUGCGCUCCAUACAAGGACACCAUUACAAGCAGUCCCUGGCCUGCACUUAUGUCAAGGAGCAGUUUCGUAAAAAUAAGGUGACAGGAGAGAGGUACUGCCGCGCCCAGCAGGAGGCGCUGCACGCCUCGCAAACCUACCUGUGUCUGCUGGCGUCCACCAGGAACCACCAGGCCCUGCACGAACUUUACCACGGCAAGGGAGAGCGCAGCCCCCGGGAGGUGGCCGGCCUGGUGGGGCUCAGGUUGCCCACUCAGCCCGGAGGCAAAGGCUGGGAGAAGUGAGCCACGGCGGGGGGGGAAACAGGGACAAAAAGGCAGUGGACUGGACCUGCUAAGCUGCGGGAAGAAAUACAGUAUGUUCAACUGUUCCACUUCUCUAUUAAACUAUGAAUAAUGUUCUGUUUUCAUUAUUAACCAAAUGGAAACACUAGCUUGUUUGAUUGUUGAAUAAUCUUACCUAGCUUCAAACAUUGAUAACAAUGUGAAGAAAAACACUUUCUUUAGUUAUUUUUAUUUGAAUAAGACAAUACAUGCAGGACAACUUGUAAAUGCUGGAUUUUCUUUCAACCACUGUGCCGCAGCACACUAGUGUGACUGACUUUUUCAUUUGACUACCGUAUUUUUCAGAGUAUAAGUCGCACCGGCCGAAAAUGCAUAAUAAAGAAGGAAAAAAACAUGUAUAA